UAAGGAGACUGUGUUGGAGUGGAAGCUAGAGAGGCCAGGAACAACAAUUACUGUCACAACAGACAAUGCCAGAAAUAUUGUAAAUGCAGUGAAAGAAGCUGGUCUGGGCCCCCAAAUUGGAUGUUUCGCUCACACAAUAAAUUUAGCUGCACAGAAAGCAACAGGUCUCAACCAAGUGUGCAGACUGCUAGGGAGAGUGAGAAGGAUCGUGUCUUUCUUUCACUGUAGCUCAACAGCCGCACACAUACUCAAACCCAAACAGGAGAUGCUUGGUGUACCACAGCACACACUUAUUCAGGAUGUCGUCACCCGAUGGAAUUCCAGUCACGACAUGCUGGCAAGGUACCUAGAACAGCAAGCACCAGUGUAUUCAGCACUGACAGAAAAGGCCCUCAAGAAAAACAAAGAUAUAACCACACUGUCUGACCGGGAUGUGAGGAUGGCAGAGGAGAUAGUUGAGGUCCUUAAACCGCGUAAGAAAAUCAUCACACUGAUUGGUACUGAAACCGCACCUUCAGCAUCCAUGAUCCUGCCCCUCAAAACCACAGUACUGAACACUAUGGAACCCAGUGAAGAAGACAGUCCAACUGUUCGUCAAAUCAAGGCUGCCAUCAGAGACAACCUCGAGGGCCGAUACUCUGACUGUGAAGACUUCCUCCACAAAUGCACAGUCCUUGACCCCAGGUUCAAGACCCUACCUCAUGUGGAUGAUGCCUAUCGUGACAAAAUCUACACCUGCCUCAUCACAGAGCUAGUGACAAUGGAAGAAAAGAGUGAGGAGGCCACAGGGACAUCAGCAGCCAGUUCAUCCUCAGGACCAGAACUCUCAGGGGAAUCUGAAUCAUCUCCACCUGUCAAGAAGUCUGCAUUGACUGAACUGUUUGGUGAGCUCUUCACGACUCCGGUGGGAGACAAGCCUACUUUGCAGCUGGUGAAAGAAGACAUUGCCUCAUACAAGGCAGUCUCAGGCAUUAAACUAGAUUCUGACCCACUUCUAUGGUGGAAGAACAAUGAGACCAUACUGACUCUUACUGCCAAGUUAGCCAGGCACUACCUCGCCAUACCUGCUACCUCCGGUAUUUUCCACAGCUGGAGACAUUUCUGCAGAAAAUGUGGAUAAACUGAUUUUUCUGGCAAAAAAUAUGAAGAUUGAGUGAAAGUCACCAGGGUUAAAGGCUGGGGGGGGGAAGAAAAAUUAAUCUGAGGCUGAGUUGACUAAAACUGUUUAAUGUUGCACUUUUUAUAUGUAGAAGAACAUUUUUAAAAUCUGAGUCAUUUUUGUUAAGAAACCAAUUCUGAGCCUUAUCUUAUUAAGUUUUAUUUUGUUUUAAUUUUAUAUAUGUUGACCACAUUAACCCUGACAAUGGUUAGCAUUCAUGACUGCCUGCUGUUGCACUGAUCAGCCUACAGAGCUAU